GUUCAUCAUCAACUCCUGCAAAAGCACUUUCGUGGGAAGUGCUACACACACUGAACCACAAUUGAAGAUGAGGCCCACAUUUAACCUUCAGCGACUAGGGCGGUCGCUUCCUCGCUGCUCCAUUUCGCGCGUUCAGUCUGGUCUCGGUUCACGGCCCUUCUCGAGCUCAAUAGCUUCGCUUGACCGCACUCCCCCGCGGAGCUGGACACCCACGCCAUUCGUGACAGAGACAGUGGGAGGUGGCUGGCACACCUAUGAUAUCUUUUCGCGGCUUCUCAAGGAGCGCAUCAUCUGCCUCAAUGGCGAAGUCGAUGAGUCUAUGUCCGCGUCAAUCGUCGCCCAACUUCUCUUCCUCGAAGCCGAUAACCCCCAGAAACCAAUCCACCUUUACAUCAAUUCCCCUGGUGGCUCAGUAACAGCAGGCCUCGCAAUCUACGACACAAUGACCUACAUUGCCUCCCCCGUAAGCACGAUCUGUGUCGGCCAAGCAGCCUCAAUGGGCUCCCUCCUCCUCUGUGGCGGUCAACCCGGAAAACGAUACUGUCUCCCACACAGUUCGAUCAUGAUCCACCAACCCUCAGGCGGCUACUUCGGCCAAGCAACCGAUAUUGCAAUUCAUGCGAAGGAAAUCCUGCGCGUGCGCCACCAACUCAAUCAGAUAUAUCAGCGUCAUUUGACGGGCAAGAAGAAGUUGUCGUUGGAUGAGAUUGAGAAGUUGAUGGAGAGGGAUUAUUUCAUGGGGGCGCAAGAGGCGUUGGGGUUGGGGAUUGUGGAUGAGAUUUUGGAUAGGAGGGUUCAGAAUGAGGGGAAAGGUGGUGAAGGGGAAGGGAAGCCGCCUGCUGUUUAGAGGGUGGUAGAUGUGGAUAGGAAGCUUGGAGGAAAAUUUCAUGUUCGAGGUGCUCGAUUUGUAUCAUUAUUAUGGCCAGCUCUACUUUUCAAAUACAGGCUCUUUUCUCGACG